CUUUCGGCUGCAGUUUGUUCCAAGGGAGAGAUUGUAAUUAACGUUGCAUCGAGUGGUAUAGCGUCGUUAUUGCUCCACGGUGGAAGAACAACUCAUUCUCGAUUUGGACUACCCAUAAAUGUACACGAGAGUUCCACCUGCAACAUAUUGCAACAAAGUCCUCAAGCGGAGUUGCUCAUAAGGGCAAAGCUUAUUAUAUGGGACGAGGCUCCUAUGAUGCAUAGAUAUUGUUUUGAAGCGCUUGACAAGACAAUGAAGUCAAUAUUACAAGUUGAAAUAUUCUUUGGUGGUAAGGUGGUUGUUCUUGGAGGAGAUUUUUGGCAGAUUUUACCAGUUGUGCUUAAAGCAUCAAGGCAGGACAUAGUACAUGCUACGAUAAACUCCUCUCCGCUGUGGAAUUUCUGUUUAGUCAUGAAGUUGACUAAGAACAUGAGAUUGCAGUCAUGCUCUUCUCCAUCUAACGUGGAUGAGGAUGGUGAAGCUUCGAUAGAGAUUCCCGAUGACAUGUUGAUUGGUGAGUCAGAAUAUCCAUUCAGAGACCUACUGGAAUUCAUUUACCCGGAUUUGUUGAGUAACAUGUAUGAUCCAGAUUAUUUUCAAGGGAGAGCAAUUCUUGCACCAACUAAUGAAUGUGAACGAUCACUUAAUGUCUCUCCUUCCAGGAGAAGAGAAGGUGUACCUGAGCUCAGAUAG